CUUGGCUCAGACAUUUUGGUCAUUGCUGAAGGUUUUUAAAAGUCACUAUGAUUUUGUCAAAGUAUUGUAUUUUGCAAAAAGUGCUGAAAUAGCAGGAGUUCGUUCCGAGACGAUUUCCGUUCCGCAAGAAAUAAAAGUCUCGCAGCUGUGGAAGGAGCUAGAAACUCGGCAUCCUGGAUUGGCUGACAUUAAAAAUCAGGUUAUCUUUGCCAUUCGUCAGGAGUAUGUCGAGCUGGGAGAUCAGCUCUUCCGGCUGCAGCCAGGAGAUGAAAUCGCCAUCAUCCCGCCCAUCAGUGGAGGGUGAUGCUUUCCAGCCAGGCGGGAAAGAUACGGGCGAAGCUGAAGAGAAAUCCAGAGACAUAAUAAAAUGCACAGCGGACAAGCUUUCUGUGGACGAAGCCUCGCAGCUGGUGAUUUCUCCAGCGUGUGGCGCAGUGUCCUUAUUUGUAGGGACUACAAGAAAUAACUUUGAAGGGAAAAAAGUCAUUAGCUUAGAAUAUGAAGCGUAUAUACCAAUGGCGGAAAAUGAAAUCAGAAAAAUUUGUGGUGACAUUAGGCAGAAGUGGCCGGUAAAGCACAUAGCAGUGUUCCAUAGACUUGGCUCAGUGCCGGUGUCAGAGGCGAGCGUAGUUAUUGCUGUGUCCUCAGCCCACAGGGCCGCAUCUCUAGCCGCCGUGAGCUAUGCUAUUGAUGCUCUAAAAGCCAGAGUGCCCAUUUGGAAAAAGGAAAUCUAUGGAGAGUCGUCCUCGUCCUGGAAAAGAAACAAAGAGUGUUUCUGGGCAGCUGGUGAUUGAGCACAUACGUUAAAGCAUUAAAUCUUCAGUUCGGCAAAAUUGUC